UUGUGUUCAAACAAUCUGUACUUUAAAUAUCAUCGACGAGCGUAUUUAAAAAUACGUUAAAAGACUACCUACCAAAGAUUUCAUCAGAGUAAUUGAAUCACAAAUCAUUUUAUCACAAAUAAUGGUAUCAAUUUGCCACGCAUAUUUAUUAUUACACAUCAAAUGACACCGGGGCCAUACAUCAUUGACUUAUCCUCAUUCCCUUCUAAAAUAUACAAGGAGGAAGACGUUAUAAAGAUAACAUUCCAAAAAUACGACUAGCUAAUUUUUUUAAAUAGAGACACAUUUGUAUGUGAAAAACUAUUUGAGAGCAUAAUUUAAACUAUAAAAUCGGUUAGAAUAAUGGCGAACGCAGAUAGAGAACAAACAGAAGUUUUAAAUCGAGAACCACAGAAUGUGGAGAAAACUCUAGACUUUGACUCAAUAUUGCAACAGGAGGUGGGGCAAUUUGGCUGGUUCCAGGUGCGGAAUCUUCUCUUGGCCCUAAUAGCCGUGAUCUUUUUAGCAUGGAGCAAUAAUGCCUAUGUAUUUACAACAGGCAGAAUUUCAACCAGGUGUCAUAUUCCAGAAUGUGACCUUGAGGAGCCUGAAUUUAGUCCUGACUGGUUACUUAACGCAAUUCCUGGUACCAGUCACACUUCCUUCGACAACUGCCAAAGAUUCGGCAAUGCGACUGCCGGGCCACUCGAGCCAGGCGUCUGCCCUGCCGUCUGGUUCAACCAGAGCCACUUGAAGAGUUGUGAGCGGCACCUGUAUCAGAAUACAAACACCGUCGUGUAUGAUUUUAAUUUGGCCUGCGAUGAAGUGCGCCGCACACUGAUUGGGUCCAUCCGCAUCUUCGGGACGCUGUUCACGCAGCUGUUUACGGGGUUCAUAUCCGACCGCUGGGGCCGGCGGACGGCGCUGGUCUUCACUGCCUUUAACGGCGCUUGGCUGGGAGUUCUCAAAUACUUCGCGUAUGAUUACGUUGGUUUCAUAAUUUUGGAGUUCAUUCAAGCUGCGAUCGGCGGUGGGACAUUUCAAUGUGCUUAUAUCCUAAUCCUAGAAAUGGUUGGUCCAGAGAACCGAGUGCUGACCGGUGCGAUCAUGAACACCGGCCUGUCAAUUGGCCUCGUUACGUUGAGCCUCAUCGCGUGGGCCGUGCCAAACUGGAGAGUCCUGAGCCUCGUGCUGUUUACACCUCAACUGCUUACUAUUUCGUACCUUUGGCUUAUGGGUGAAUCAGUCCGCUGGUACAUAACCAAAGGCCGGUACGAAGAUUGCGAAAAGACCUUGAAAAAUAUAGCGCGAGUCAACAAGAGACAACUAUCUGAAAAAUCUUUAGAGUUUCUAAGAAGAAAAACAGAAAAUGAAAUUCAAUCACGAAAAGAUGACACAGAAAAUAAGAAAAAAGAAAAAGAACCAUCACUCAUUAAGCUUCUAUUUAAGUACAAGCCUGUACUAUUUCGGUGUCUUACGACCCCUUUCAUGUGGAUCACCUUCACCUUAAUUUACCAAGGCCUCACGAUUAAUGCAGUGGGUAUAUCCGGGAAUAAAUACCUCAAUUACAUGGCUGUGGCAUCUUCCCAAAUUCCUGGAUUCUGGAUAGCUAAUUUUCUUUUAGACAGAUUAGGACGAAAACCAGUUUUGGCUGGUGCUUAUUGGAUAUGUGCUGCAUGCCAAAUAGGAUAUAUGUUCAUACCCAAAAAUCAAUACGCGCUGUCCCUCGCGUUCUACUUGACGGGCAGCAGCUGCAGCGGCGCGAUGCUGAGCGCGCUGUACAUCUUCACGGCCGAGCUCUACCCCACCCCGUACCGGCACCGCUUCUUCGCCUUCUCCUCCAUGACGGGGCGGUUCGGCUCCGUCUUCGCUCCGCUUACGCCCGCUUUGAGCGUGUUAGUGUGGGAGCAGUUCCCGUUCGCGCUGUUCGCGGGCUGCGCGUGCGUGUCGGGCGCGCUGGUGCUGCUGGCGCCCGAGACGCGCGGCGCGCGCCUGCCCGACACCAUGCGGCAGGCCGCCGACCUCGGCCGCGCGCGCUCGCCAAGACAACCAACUACCGAAUUUACGCGAAUUUAAAAUAAAUAAGGCGUCCAAUAAAAUUCAUGUAUUUAUUGCUAUGCUUCGACUUCACGAAUUUAAACUUGUUCCGUCUCCUUUUUGCGAGUGUUCCACUGAUGAUGUCAGUCAUGAGCAGUCUGAUUCUAUGUUCUUCUGAUUAAUUUCGUUGC